UCUUUCCCCCCUCUGUCUUCUUCCAUCCGUUCUCUCUUUCCCUCCAACCAUCUUUAUACCUUCUCUAAUCCUUUCUCUCUUUCUCCUUCUAUCCUCUCUUUUUUUCCCUCUCUCUCUCUUCCUCUAACGUCUCUCUACCUUUACCUCACUCUAUCCCUCUCUCUACCUCACUCUCUCUCUCUCUCUGUAUAUGUGUAUGCAUAUGUGUGUGUCUCUCUCUGUCUCUCUGUCUGUGUCUAUGUCUGUAUCUACGUGUGUGUGUGUGUGUGCCUGUUCGCAAUCCGGCGAUAAGUAUGGAACUGUACAUAGAAACAUUAUCAGGAACCAGCUACGAACUGCGUGUAUCACCGUUUGAACCCAUCAUCUCUGUCAAGGCCAAAAUACAGAGACUGGGAGGAAUUCCCAUGUCACAGCAACACCUCAUUUGGAGAUCAACCGAGCUGGAGGACGACUUCAGUUUGGCUGACUACAAGGUCCACAAUGGCGCCACACUCCGGCUGGUUUUGGCUAUGAGGGGUGGACCAAUCAACACCCGCAGAAUACCCAUCGAAGACCCCGCAAUUAAGGAGAUGGCUGAAUACAUGGACUCGAACAAGGAUGAAUUUGGGACCAAUCGACAGCUGACCCUUCUGGUUUUCCGAGAAGGGGACCAACUGAAUUUCUUCCGAGUCAUGGACAGAGGUGACGGGACCCUAACACCACUUUCGGAAUCUCUCAGCGGGACAUCUGUGUACAACCUGAAUGAUGACGAAGACGAUGACGGUGGUGCGACGAAGGAGAAGAAAGAUGAAAAUGAUAGACUGAAAGUAAAGGUGAAUGAACUCCGCGUCAAGAUGGAACAGCUUAGCCUGACAAAGAAGGUAACGUAG